CCGUAGUAGUAGUAGAAGACGGAAGUUGUGUCGCAGUGUUUACAUUGUUCAGUCAGUCGCUAAUAAACAGGAGCGAAGAAAGCAGAGUUAGUGGCAUUUCUUUUUUAAAAUCACACAUUUCCCUGCACAGUUUGGGGAGCAGUCGUCGUAUUUCAAUGGGUGCUCACGGGGUUUUGGGGAACGAGCCCGAGUCCAUCGACUACUCGGUGCACGAAGCCUGGAAUGAGGCCACUAAUGUGUAUCUGCUGGUGAUCCUGGUCAGCUUCGGCCUGCUGAUGUACGCCAGAAAAAACAAGAGGAAGAUCAUGCGCAUCUUCACUCUGCCUCCCGCCGCCGGCAGCAGCCCGGAGCCCAACUUCUACGACAGCCUGCAGAAGGUCCGCCUGAGACAGCAGCUGGAGAUGUACUCUCUGGCCAGAAAGUUUGAGCAGCAGCAGGGCCAGACGGACAGUGUGCAGCUGUCCAUGGAAUGAGAGCCGGAGGGGAACUCGAACCUUUCUGUCAGAGCAAACACUCCUGCGUCCUCAAGCACUCUGCACACACGGAUAGGAAAGGACUCGGAUGGCUGUCGUGAUCAGAGAUCGUUCAGAGGCCUGCUAACUCCUAUCCUGGUUGUUUCUGUUUGGCUCCUCCGAUGAGGAGCCUCUUCAUUCACCUUCUGUUGUCUCUUCUUCGUCUGUUAUGCUUGGAGUAGGUGUCGCCGGAUGGAGGGAGAAGCCAAGGGCAAAAGGGGGAAUGUGGCAUCGAGCAGUGAGUCUUCCUCCGCCUUGAGGAAUGAUAAACGUGUAACUGCAGCAGAUGUCCCUGAGAUACUUUUAGUAAGGCGUGAGAUAUAAAAUAAAGUCCACCAUGAAGAAAUGUUUUUGCACGUAUAACAAAUGUCCCUUAAAUUUAACAUAGGUUCUAGUUAUAUUUGUAUUUUUACUUGUUUUUGAAUGUUUUCUGGGUAGUAAAAUUUAAAUUCUGAAAUGUGAAAAAUAAAGACACAUUAACUGAAA